UUUGUGCUAAAUGUGUCUUACCUUGGAGAAAUAUUUCUUUAAAGUUUGUAUUUUCGCGCUGUUUCGGCUUUCAAACCGUGGGCACCAAUUUUAAAUCAGCGGUCUUCCAAAUGAGCCUGUGACGUAUGUUAUGGGGAUCACUUUAGAACGUGUUAUCGUUCAGCUAAGUUUUAAUACAAAUUGCGUCUUCGUCGACCCUUCGUUAUGAGCGGAAUAGAACCAUUUCAGUUCGAACCAGUAUAUCAGCCUGGAGAAGAACCACCUCAGGAAGAGAGUGUAGGACAGGAGGUAGAAGCCCACGAAGAAGACAAUACUUCGAGGAUGGGAAACACCGAAUGGUGUUUGUGCGGCGCUUGUGCGCUUAUGCCGGUGGCAAAUGAAUGUUACUGCUGCCAAGAACUAGAGGAGCUUAAUCAAAAGUUCGACAAUUCAGGUGUUAGAUGUAUAACAGAACAUCCGAAAUUUGGUAUUGUAUGCCUGGACACGGAUGUUUUGAGCACGGCAUUGGUUGCAAUCCACAAUGCGCGGCUCAAUCCAAUUCCCGACCCUAUCGUCAACAGAACUUGGCGUUUGGCAGCCUACAGACAAUUUACUUGGUGGGCACAUGGGGUAUUAGGAAAAAACCGGCGGAGAAUCGUGCCAGCAUGCGUCGUCACGGCCAUACGUAAAACAUUUCCAGAAGAGAGUGGUAAUUACGUGGGGUUUCGAGGAGCAGAUCUGGAACUUUGA